AUGGAAACUCUUAAAACUCAAAACAAAUUUAAAACAACAUUAGCAGAUAUAGAAUUUUUAAAGAUAACAUUUCAACAACUAUUGAAAGAGUCAUUAGAUUUAAUCCGUAUAUCAGCACCAUUAUUUCUUGAAAAAUCAUCAGGUUUAAAUGACGAUUUAUCCGGUAUAGAAGAAAAAGUAUCAUUCGAAUUUAACAAUAAAACAUUAGAAGUAGUUCAAUCAUUAGCAAAAUGGAAAAGGUUUGCAUUAAAAAAAUAUGGCAUUAAUGGUUUAUAUGCAGAUAUGAACGCAAUACGUAAAUCGGAAAAAUUAGAUCAUUUACAUUCAAUAUAUGUAGAUCAAUGGGAUUGGGAAAAAGUUAUUGAUUUAAGCCAGGGUAGAACGAAAGACAAUAUAUUGGAUGAAAUGGCAAAAAUUAUUCAUAAUAAUGUGUGCAAUUUAGAAAGAUUAUAUUGGAAUAUGAAAAAAGAAAAAGAAAAUAUAAAUAUUCCAAAUGAAAAUGAAUUAAUUAAAAAAGAACUAUUUAUAAUAUCAUCAGAAGAAUUAUUAAAUAUCUAUCCAAAAUUAUCAAGCAAUGAUAGAGAAAGAGAAAUAUGUAAAAAAUAUGGAUCAGUGUUUAUUAAACAAAUAGGUAAGAAAUUAAGUAAUAAUACAAUUCACGAUUUACGUGCACCAGAUUACGAUGAUUGGGAGUAUAAUGGCGAUUUAUUAUAUUGGAGUAAUAGCAUAAAUGGUCCAAUGGAAUUAAGUUCAAUGGGUGUACGUGUAAAUAAAGAAUCAUUAAUAAAACAAUUAAAUAUAUGUAAUUGUGAUAAUAGAUUAGAAUUACCAUAUUGUAAGAUGAUAUUAAAUAAUGAAUUACCACAAACAAUAGGUGGCGGAAUAGGUCAAAGUCGGCUUUGUAUGCUAAUAUUAAGGAAAGAACAUAUAUCACAAGUGCAAUGUAGUUAUUGGGAUGAUGAAAACACAAUGGAAGGCACAUUAUGA